AUGGCCAGUUGUCGCCUGAAUUCCCAGUUUGAGGACCAGAGCCCCCAGUCUAGCUCUUCGGGGCUCCCCAUGGAGGUGAUCGUCAGUGAAGAAAUCCCAAGCCCCUCAGCCCUCUGGGCCAGCUCCAGCUCCCUGCCUUGGCGCCCCGGCUCUAAGAGGAAGUGGUCAGCGGCAUUCGGAGCAGAAGCGGAGGACGAGGCCCAGGACAGCUGGAUCGUGAAGUCACUGAGUGGGCUUAGGAUAAGGCUGAAGAAACAGCAGGUGCUCAUGGUGCUGCCUGAACACCACGUGGUCUUCAACAGGAUGCUUGAGGAUCAUGUCAUUAAGAGAUUCCUGACCUGGGAUAGAAACCUGAAGGUAUCCGACAAGUAUCUCCUGGCGAUGGUGAUUGCUUAUUUCAGCCGAGCCGGCCUCUUCUCCUGGCAAUACCAGAGGAUCCAUUUCUUCAUAGCUCUCUACCUGGCCAGUAAGAUGGAAGAGGACAACCACGCCCCCAAACAGAUCAUCUUUUCAUUCCUCUAUGGAAGGAACCACUCCCAGCGUCCCUUGUUCCACAAACUGCUUUUCCAAUUCAUCUGUUCCAUGAACUGGAAGAUGAGGGUCACCCAGGAAGAGUGUGAGAAGAUCCAAGCUAUUCACCCGAGACUCUGGGUGUGGGAUCGAGAUCGUGCCCUCUUGCCCUAG